AUGAUCAUUUCCAACGCGAGUCUGAGCUGUGCCAGCUGUCACGGUGAGGUAGCCACGGACGCGUACGCGGAGGUGUCGGGCUCUGUGUCGGGCUCUGUGUCGGGCUCUCUCCCCCCGGCUGCGGCGGCGUCCCUGAGCCCGGCGGGCCACCUGCUGGUGGCCGUGUGCCUCGGCUUCAUCGGCACCUUCGGCUUCCUCAGCAACCUGCUGGUGCUGGCGCUGUUCUGCCGCUACCGGGCUCUGCGCACGCCCAUGAACCUGCUGCUGGUCAGCAUCUCCCUGAGCGACCUGCUGGUCAGCAUCCUGGGCACCCCGUUCAGCUUCGCCGCCAGCACCCAGGGGCGCUGGCUCAUCGGCCGCGGCGGCUGCGUCUGGUAUGGCUUCAUCAACGCUUUUCUGGGCAUCGUGUCCCUGAUCUCCCUGGCGGUGCUGUCCUACGAGCGCUACUCCACCAUGAUGACGCCCACCGUGGCCGACGGCAGGGACUUCCGGCCGGCGCUGGCGGGGAUCUGCUUCUCCUGGCUGUACUCCGUGGCCUGGACGGUGCCGCCGCUGCUGGGCUGGAGCCGGUACGGGCCCGAGGGCCCCGGCACCACGUGCUCGGUGGACUGGAGGACGCAGACGCCCAACAACAUCUCCUACAUCGUCUGCCUGUUCACCUUCUGCCUGGUCCUGCCGUUCGGCGUCAUCGUCUACUCUUACGGGAGGCUGCUGCACGCCAUCAGACAGGUGCGCAGGGUGAGCUCGGUGGUGACCCGUCGGCGGGAGCAGCGGGUGCUGGUGAUGGUCGUCACCAUGGUGGUGUGCUACCUGGUCUGCUGGCUGCCCUACGGGGUGGCGGCCCUGCUGGCGACCUUCGGCCCCCGUGACCUGCUGACCCCCGAGGCUAGCAUCACGCCGUCGCUGCUGGCCAAGUUCUCCACCGUCGUCAACCCUUUUAUAUACAUAUUCAUGAACAAACAGUUUUACAGGUGUUUCCGUGCGUUUUUCUGCUGCUCCACCGCCCAAGACGGCUCCACCAUAAAGACAUUUUCCCGGGUGACCAAGACGCUGCGCACCCUGCGUCAGGACAAGGAUCUGCAGGUGUCGGCGGCGGCCACGGCCACGGCCGGGCACUCGCCUAACUCCGUCCGCAGGUCCUCGCAGGGAGCCAAUCACGUGGCGGCGGCGGCGGCGGCGGCGGAGGAUCAAGGCGAGGCUCCCGCUGCCGUCGGCCCCAAACCCAAACUGAUCCUGGUGGCUCACUACAGAGAAUGA